AUGAACGUUAUUAUUUUUAUCAUCAUGAAAGAAAACAAAAUCAACAACAUCAACAACAGCAACAACAGCAACAACGCCAUCACGAAAAACAACAACAUCAAUACCGACUAUGUCGACAACAACAAUGUUAUCAAAAACAAAAAACCUUUUGAAACAUCUUUAAACGAAAGCAACAUCAACGAAAACAACAGCAUUCCUUCAUUUGGAUACGAUAAAUUCAAAGACUGCAACAUCAUCAUGAACAACAUAGGUUGCAACAACAACAACAACAGUUGCAGUAUCAUCAUGGACAACAUAGGUUGCAACAACAACAACAGCUGCAGUAUCAUCAUGGACAACAUAGGUUGCAACAACAACAGCUGCAGUAUCAUCAUGAACAACAUAGGCUGCAACAACAACAACAACAGCUGCAGUAUCAUCAUGAACAACAUAGGUUGCAACAACAACAGCUGCAGUAUCAUCAUGGACAACAUCGGUAGCAACAACACGAUCAACAACAGCAUGAACAACAACAACACGAUCAACAACAACAUAAUCAACAACAACAACAACAUAAUCAACAUAAACAACAUGAACAAAACAACAUCAACAUCAACAACGAUAAAUUCUUGUUUUAAUUUGGGUUUUUUAUUCAUCACUAUCGCCAAUCCAACAAAAAAUAAAGAAAACAAUCACACCAACAACAAUAAUAACAUUAAUAGCAAUUACAACAGUAAUAAUAAAACGAUAAGUAAUGGUAAUAAUUUUCCCGUUGAAUUCGAUAUUUGA